UUUGCCAACCUGUGGCGCGCCGCGGUUGGCCUCGCAACCAAUCCGGCAACGGCGGACCACGAUGCCAUCGAGUUCUGGUCGAACCCUGAGCGAACCGGCUGGCUAACAAAGCAGGGAGAGUACAUCAAAACGUGGCGCCGUCGCUGGUUCGUCCUCAAGCAAGGGAAGCUUUUCUGGUUCAAGGACUCAACCGUCACGCGUGCAUCAAAGCCACGCGGCGUCAUUACCGUCGCGUCUUGCCUUACCGUUAAGGGCGCGGAGGAUGCGCUCAACAAGCCUUGUGCAUUCGAGCUAUCCACGCGCUACGACACGAUGUACUUCAUCGCCGAUUCGAAGAAGGAGAAGGAGGAUUGGAUCAACUCUAUUGGUCGCUCCAUUGUUCAACAUUCUAGAUCCGUCACUGAGGAUGAGAUCGUCGAUUACGACAAGCGAUGAUUCCUCAAGCGCGUGAAAUCUGUUUCGGUAAAUCGACAAAUCAAACCUCUCUUUUGCCCUUUUCUGUUUGUGUAUAUUAAUCAAUCGUGUUGAAUUGUUAUCUCACAUUACCGUGAUUAAAGAGAACGAACAUGUAAUGAUACAGUUUCUUAUAUAAACCAAGAUUGAUGGUAAUAAAUUGGUGAGCAAGUAUUAUUCCUUAAUCCUUGUAAAUGGUAGAGAAGAAAACACAGACAACACGCAAUAAUUCACAAAAAAGAAGAAGGAUAAUCCAACUCAAAGCAGCUAAAUGUUUCUCAUAAACAUGACACCUAUUUAUGGAAGGAGUUUGUGUUUAAUUGCAUGCAGCUCCAUUAUGACAUCUUUAAUGUUCAUCGGUCGAGUGAGAAACUCUUGAGAACAUGCAACUCCAAUCCUGGCAAAGGACACUAAACACUCCUUGAUACUUUACUUUUACGUGAUCUUUCUUUCUCCUUCACUAUAC